AUGUCAUCUAGCGAAGUGAAAGUGCCAUUCUUCAAGAAGAAGGGUUCGCGUCCUACCACUAGCCGUAAACGCUCGACUUCUCCCUCCUCCUCAACUGCUCACUCAACCCUACCUUCUUCCUCUUCCUCCUCAAAAUCCGAAGUAGUCUUACCAACCAAAAAAACCACAUCCAACCUUCUCAGUGCCGGCACCAAACGUAAACUCACAGAAAGAGACCACGAUGAUCUUGAUGCACCGGAGAAGGAUGGUCCAGAUGUGAAAUGGACAUCAGCAGGUUCCCAUAUGCAUGCAGCUCUAGAUAUCUUAGCUGGUGAUGAAGCUGAGGAAUUGCUGGCGAAAAGACGUAAAGCAGACGCAAAGGACGAUGAGGAUGAAUAUGGUGGGCCGGAUGAUGGACUGUAUAAAGGGCAGAAAGCAUACAAGUCGCAUAUAAAGAAAAGUUCGGAAGUCCCGAAAGCAAUGCGAGUUGGACCUCAGCGGAAUACGAGUAGUACAAUUCGAACAGUCACUAUUGUGGAUUAUCAGCCGGACGUUUGUAAAGACUAUAAAGAAACCGGAUAUUGUGGUUUUGGAGAUACCUGUAAAUUCCUUCACGAUCGAGGAACCUGUGAGUUCGUUCCCUUCUUCCCCACAUCAACCACCAACCCAAAUCUUCCUACACCAGAUCUCGCCGGCUGGCAACUAGACAAGCUCGCAGAUACUCCUCGAAAACAAGUCGGGGAUGAAGACAGCGAUGACUCCGACGACGACGACGAAGAUAUCCCUUUCGCAUGCUUAAUUUGUCGAAAGCCCUACACAGAUCCCAUCGUCACAAAAUGUGGGCAUUUCUUUUGCUCCGCAUGUGCUAUCAAACGGUUUGCAAAGACACCGAAAUGCCUGGCUUGUGGAACACCGACGGGUGGGAUGUUUAACAGGGCGGAUAAGGUGAUUGCGAAGAUGAGAAAGAAGAGGGAAGAAAAGGGUGGUGGUGAUGAAGAAGAGGCGGGUGCGGGUGUUGAGAUAGAGGGUCUUCAGAAGGAGGUUCAUAAAUCUGACAAUGGCUCAGACUCGGAUGCGGAUGAUGAUGAUGAUUAG